UCCUCUCUGAUUCAAUGCUACGUCAGCAGUGGUACCAAAAGAUGGCAGUGUCCAUAGUAAACGGCCUGGCUGCUGAAGCGUGUUUAUUAAUAUUUACUUUAAUAUGUCAACACAGUAAUGCCAAUAAUAUCGCCGCCGCUGCUUCGACUGCAGAAGCCCCAAACCGCAGGUUUGAAUACAAGUACAGUUUCAAGGGACCGCACCUGUCUCAAGCCGACGGGAGUAUUCCCUUUUGGGUACACAGUGGAAAUGCCAUCCCCAGUGCCGAUCAGGUCCGUAUCACCCCCUCUCUCAGGAGUCAGAAGGGCUCGGUCUGGACCAAGUCCACGGUCAACUUUGACAACUGGGAAGCAGAGGUGACAUUCCGUGUGUCUGGACGAGGGAGGAUGGGAGCGGACGGCCUGGCGAUAUGGUUCACUACUGCACAAGGCCUGGAUGGUCCUGUCUAUGGAGCCGCUGACAACUGGAACGGUAUCGGCAUCUUCUUCGAUUCCUUCGACAACGAUGGGAAGAAAAAUAACCCUGCUGUGCUGGUAGUGGGAAACAAUGGCAAACUUGUUUAUGAUCACCCAAAUGAUGGCACGACUCAGGCCCUGGGGACAUGCUUAAGAGACUUCCGUAACAAACCCUAUCCUGUCAGAGCCAAAAUAACAUACUAUAAAAGAACACUAACAGUGCUGAUCAACAAUGGUUUCACGCCAGAUAAAGAUGACUAUGAGUUCUGUACAAAAGUGGACAACAUGGUCAUUCCACAGGAGGGCUACUUCGGCAUCUCGGCUGCCACUGGUGGUCUAGCAGGUGGUUAUCUUGACGAUCAUGAUGUCCUGUCCUUCUUGACGUUCAGACUAUCAGAGCCUGGCCAAGAACUGCCUCCACCUGAAGCGGAGAUGCCCAAGCAGGACAAGGACAAGUACCAGGAGGAAUUUGAGAACUUUCAGCAGGAUCUGGACAAAAAGAAAGAGGACUACCAGAAGGAGCAUCCGGACGUUCAGGGACAACCCAUUGAGGACAUGUAUGAGAGUGUGAACGACAGAGAGAUCCGCCAAGUGUUUGAGGGCCAGAACCGGAUCCAUCUGGAGAUCAAGCAGCUUCACCAUCAGCUGGCCGUGAUCCUGGACGAACAGCGACGCUACGUAUCCGUGGCUACCGACGAGAUCUCCAAGCGCCAAGGGGAGUCUGGAGGACAGGUGGGACAGGCUCCGAGUCAAGAGAUGGGUGCAGUGGUUGCAACGCAACAGGAAGUACUGAGGAACCUGAACGAGUUGAGAAACUCGUUCUAUGAGUCUCUGAAGCAGAUUGGUGCCAGCCAGCAUCAGGGCAACGCAGUUGGCAUGGGAACGUAUGAGACGGUCCAACACUUCAACGACAUCAAGGAACAUCUACACGUGGUCAAGAAGAACAUCGAACACCUCAUCACACGCACUGGGAACCCCAGUGAAAAGCAGGUGAUGAACUGCCCUGAUCCCCCUCCAAUGCCUUCCUGUUUGGGUACCACACACUUCCUGGUCUUUGUGGUCAUCCAAUCAGUCCUGUUCUUCAGCUACAUUAUGUACAAAAGUCAACAAGAAGCAGCAGCAAAGAAAUUCUUUUGAUGAAACACUCAUCAAGAUCAUGCCAAUAUGUAAAUGAGAGACUGUUCAUUUUCCUGGUUAUUUUGGUUUGGUUUGGUUUUUCAAAAUUGUAAAUUAUUGUACUUGAAAAUUAGAUUUUGUUUGAGAAGUUUCUUUUUUAAUUUCUUUAGUUUUAAUUUGAUCUGAUAUUAUGUAUAGGGUAUGUGAAUGAAUGCUCGUGUGGGACAUUUUGUUAAAAGAUUCCAAAUAUGAUGUAAUAUAUUCUAUACAGUAUUUUGACAAGUCGUUGGGUGAUAUUCUGACCUUUCGACUGAUUUUUUUGAUAAGUUCCCACUCUCAGAAAACAAAAACACCGAAUGCCCGUUCACAUAGCUCGGAAAACUGUGGAUUUAAUAAAUGUGCAAUUUUGUAUGAAUUCUGAACUGUGUUGAAGAAGAGCCAGAAGAGUGGAUGUCCAAUAUGUGUGUCGUCUUGAAUGGCUGAAACAUGCCAAUCUGGCUUUUUUUAUUUUUUCUUCUCAAGCAAUUUACAUAAACAAAAAAACAAACCAACA